CAUCGUUCAUUCACACCGAUAGAGAUCAUCAAAAAUGUCCUACAUCGUCAAGCGUCAGUUGUCGACCCUCAUUCCUCCCAAGAUCGCCUCGGCCUCGAACCUUGGUGCCGCCCCCGGUGCUAAGCGUCUCGCGUCCGUCGUCGACUUCUACAAGGCUCUUCCCCGUGGAACUCCUGCCAAGCACAAGCCCACUACCUUCAUCGAGAGAUACUCGGCCAAGUACUUUGAGGGCGACAACGCCUCGGGUCUGCCUUUGAUCCACUUGACCAUUGCUCUCUUCCUUGUCGGCUACACUCUCGACUACCAGUUCCACUUGAAGCACCACAAGAAGGGCUCCGAGGAGCACCACUAAACGGCGGUCUAGGCCAUGAUUUGUUGGACUACGCACUGUACACCCUGUGCGGUUACAGCACAGAUUGUGGUUUGCGGGCUAUAGAAUGAUGUACGAGUUGGACGGCGAGAUAAUACAAUGACUUGAUUGUUAUUA